CCGCGGGCCGCGCGCACGUGGGCGUGGCCGGCGGGGGAGCGCGGCCCCGCGUCCAGGGCGACGAGGCGGGCACCAUGACUCCCGUGAGGACGCAGCCCGGCCUGGCCGGCCAGACCUACUCAGUGGCCCUCAUCCAGCCGGACCUGCGGCGCGAGGAGGCCAUCCAACAGGUGGCGGACGCCCUGCAGUACCUGCAGAAGGUCUCUAGUGAUAUCUUUAGCAGGAUCUCCCAGCGAGUGGAGCUGAGCCGGAGCCAGCUGCAGGCCAUCGGGCAGAGGGUCUCCUUGGCCCAGGCCAAGAUUGAGAAGAUCAAGGGCAGCAAGAAGGCCAUCAAGGUGUUCUCCAGUGCCAAGUACCCAGCUCCCGAGCGGCUGCAGGAAUACGGCUCCAUCUUCUCGGGUGCCCAGGACCCUGGCCUGCAGGGGCGGCCCCGCCACAGGAUCCAGAGCAAGCACCGCCCCCUGGAUGAGCGGGCCCUGCAGGAGAAGCUGAAAUACUUCCCCGUGUGUGUGAGCACCAAGCCCGGACCUGAGGAUGAAGCCGAGGAGGGGCUCGGGGGCCUUCCCAGCAACAUCAGCUCUGUCAGCUCCUUGCUGCUCUUCAACACUACCGAGAACCUGUACAAGAAAUACGUCUUCCUUGACCCGCUGGCCGGUGCUGUAACCAAGACCCAUGUGAUGCUGGGGGCAGAGACAGGGGAGAAGCUGUUCGAUGCGCCGCUGUCCAUUAGCAAGAGAGAACAGCUGGAGCGACAGGUUCCGGAGAACUACUUCUAUGUGCCAGACCUGGGCCAGGUGCCUGAGAUCGAUGUGCCUUCCUACCUGCCGGACCUGCCCGGCAUCGCUGAUGACCUCAUGUACAGCGCUGACCUGGGCCCCGGCAUUGCCCCCUCGGCCCCCGGCGCCAUUCCAGAACUGCCCACCUUCCACACGGAGGUGGUGGAGCCUUUCAAGCCAGACCUAGACAAUGGGGUGCUCACAGCACCCCCACCACCCCCUCCGCCCCCGCCACCUCCCCCAGCACCUGCGGUUCUGGUCAGUGCCCCACCACCACCUCCCCAGACAGUGGCCUCCGCCGGCCAAGGUGCUGGGGUGGAUGACAGCAGCAGCAGUGGGCCUCCAGCGGCAGUCCAGGGAGCUCCCAAGGAAGUGGUCGACCCCUCCAGCGGCCGGGCCACCCUGCUGGAGUCCAUCCGCCAAGCCGGCGGCAUCGGCAAGGCCAAGCUGCGCAGCGUCAAGGAGCGCAAGCUGGAGAAGAAGAAACAGAAGGAGCGGGAGCAAGUGAGAGCCACGAGCCAGAGUGGGGACCUGAUGUCGGAUCUCUUCAAUAAGCUGGUCAUGAGACGCAAAGGCAUAUCUGGGAAAGGACCUGGGACAGGGGCCAGCGAGGGGCCUGGAGGAGCCUUCGCCCGAAUGUCUGACUCCAUUCCUCCCCUGCCUCCUCCCCAGCAGCCAGCGGGAGAGGACGACGAAGAUGACUGGGAGUCUUAGGGGGCCCAACCUCAGAUGGAAGCAGGUUCUCGGUCCCCUGAGCCAAGAAAGGUGAGGACUGUGGUGGCUCUGUGCCUGAGUCCUCUUCAAAGGCAGGGCUGCAGGGGAGGUGCCUCCUCCCCGUCCUAGAGCCGAGAGGAGCCAGCAGCCGCGGAAAUAAAGUGCAAGAACUGAGUGCAAA